GCCGCUGGGAGAGGAUGGCAAAGUUGUGUAUCCUGGGAGCAUUAUCUCCACGUGCAUUUUACUAGGCAAUACUUCUUUGCUGCUUGGACUAAUGGGCUUCUCAGUGUUUGUUUGUUGGCAUGGAAAGGAAUUCUACGAAGAUGAUAAUCAAAGAGCACCUGGUCUUGUUGAACUUCUUCCUGCUGUUUUCAGACAGUGAUCCAGCCUGUCCAGAUCCCUCUGUAGGGUCUUCCUGCCCCAACGCAGAUCGAUGCUUCUGGCCAACUCUGCAAACUUACCGAGGGUGUGCUCAGUGCUCUCAUCCUAAUCAGCAGUAAAGAUAUUAGAUGGGACAGGUCCCAGGCCCUGGGGACCUCAAGACUGAAUGCCAGCUGGAUUUAACUCCAUUCUCAACUUCUUUUUGGGCCCAAGCCUCUAGCAAGUCCAUAACCCAGCAAAGACUACAAUUUCCAAUUAUGGCAGUUAUUCAGAAGCCGAUCUCAAGGAUACAAAAUUACAAUUGCCACAUAAUCUGAGAGAGCAGUGUUUGGAAGAAUGACAACAGGAGACCUAAAAGGAAGUUUAAGAAAAAUAGAACAAGGACUUCGCAUGAUAAAUUAUCCAAGAGAUGUGGAUUAUACAGUGCUAGUGAAGGGCGAUCCAGCUGCGUUUUUACCCAUAAUUAGCUAUUCUUUUACAUCCUUCUCAACUUACAUAGCAGAACUUCUGGUGAAAUGUGAUGUGGAACUUACAGCAAAGAGUGACUUGCGCUUUAUUGAAGCUAUUUAUAAGCUUCUUCGAGAUCAAUUUCACUAUAAACCAAUCCUAACAAAAGAGCAGUUUCUUCAGUUUGGUUUUGCAGAAAGAAAAAUGCAGAUUGUUUGUGACAUUAUUAACUGCGUGGUGAAAAAACAUAAGGAAUUAAGUAAACUGAAUAAGGUUAAGUCGCAAACAAGGAAGAAAUUCAGACCUUCAAAACGUGAAAUAUGGUCAAAUUGUGGUAAUGUUCUUGUUGAUCUCAGUGGCACUCUGAAUUCCAAACAGCGUGUACAGAAGAUGCCUCUUGUAGAACGACACUCAGGAGAUGAAGUUAGUGAUGAGCUUCCUCUCGCACCUAUUAAUCCAACACCCCUUAAUCCACCAUCCCUUCCAGCAGAGGGAGAUAAUGAAGAAGAAUUGGUCUUAGAUGAUGAUGUUGAGGAAGUUAAAUGUGAACAAGUCAUAGAAGGUAAUUCUCAGAUGGAGCUCCUGCAGCAUCAACUUGCUGAUUGCCAGGAAAAGCUUCAUAAGCUAGACUGGAUGGAAGAUAAGCUACGUGUUUUAGAAGAGAGGCUGAAAGGGAAGGUGAUUAUAGAUGAGAAGGACUGGUAUAAUUUGUUGAGCAGAGUUUUGCUUCUUGAAACAGAACUGUUGCUGCAGUCCAAAAAGAGAGACUUACCUGCAGAGUUCAACAGUGUAAGCCAAGAUGGUACCCCCAGUAUAACUCCAGUCUCUCCUGAUGCAGAAAAGAAGGAGGAGAUGACAGAGUGUCCUCGUCAGUUGUCUAGAUGCAGUUCAUUGUUAUCCACAGUCUCAUUUCCCAAAGCCGUGACAGAGAUUUCAAAGGAGACAACAAGACAAAGAAUGGAAAGGAUAAGUAAAAUAAUUGAAGAAACCACAGAAUUGUUGAAAACCUCAAGUAACACCUCUGAGAAGACCUGAAAGAGCAGUUCUUCAGGCCUGGUCUCUGUAGACGUAUGGAUAUAAAAAUUAAUAUGUAUGUUUGUCCAACAUUAAAUUUUUAAUGUAUCAAAUUUGUAAUGGUCGCUGUUUUUGUGUUUGAGUAAAUAUCUUUUAAUGCAUCUGCAUAUUUACGAUUUUUUAUUUUUAAAUUUACCUCACUGACUUUCACUUUGUAAAACUGUUGAAAUAGUUUCUGUCUCUCUCCUUUGGUAGAGCGAAGUCAUCACAGUGGUGUAUUUUUUUGUUGACAUUUGUUAGCAGCGUGCUAACUAGUGUGUUUUUUAAAGUGUGGGCUUGAGGACCGUGGUUUACAUCCUGUUGGAAACACUCCAGCUGGUACUUGCAUAUUGCACCCAAGAGGUUUUAUUGCCUACUAUCUUACUGUUUGUACUGUUGACUAAGUUUUAAUGAAAAUUUAAAUACAUGCUUUUAAAUACAUAUAUAUAUUUUUUUAGUAUAAGUUUUUUUACACAGCUAGGAAGUGCCAACACGUUAUGGCUUCCAUUAACACAAACAAAGCUUGAGUCAGUUUGAUCCUAAACACUAAAAUGUACAAGUAAGCUCACAGACUACAAGAGAUGUGGUGAGUGUUUUAGUACUGUUGCCUAACACAUUUUAAGACUAGCGGCACAGAUGGAGACCAUCCAGUAUACAAAGAUGCACAAGACUUUUAUGAUAUGAAGCUACACUAAAAUUUCUCUUUAGCGAUGUAAGUAGAUGCAAGACUUUCAUAAACAUAUAAUCAAACUAAAAUGUGUAGAGUAUGGCAAUAUUUGUUUCCCUUUGUAAAUUAGUGGCAUAUCAUCAGUAUUUCUCUGUGCUGUAAUGCCCACUUUACAUAAAAGAUUUGGGGAAUUUGAUUCAUGAAAUCAAUGUGUGGGUUUCUGGUUUUUUUUUGUUUUGUUUUUAAGCAGAGUUUGCAGAUGAAGGAAAAAAACCAACUGUUCCAUGUUAUGCUGUAAAAAGUAAUUUGUAUCUUAACAGUAAUGAUUCUUUUUCUAUAAUUGUACAGAAAUUCAAUUUACUUUACAUACAAACAAGUACAUAGCUUGAUCAAACCUGCUGUAUAAUCAAGGAUUUUUGGAAUUUUGCAUUAGAACUUUCCAUUUUUAUUAUAUUUGUUUCUGGACAAUAAAAGAACUCGGAGAGCAUGAAGGUA